AUGAACUUCUUGUCAAGAAAUAAAACUACUGACCAUAGAAUUUUAAUAGUGGGUGGAACGGGUACAGGGAAAUCAACUUUCAUCAAUCAAUUAGCCAAUUAUUUUCUUGAAGGAACUCUAGAUAAACUAAAAAUUGUAAUUCCAACACAGUAUCAUCGAAAUGUUACUGAGAAAAAAUAUAAAAAUAAACAUUCUGAACAAGCAAUUGUGGAUGUAACAAGAAGUCAAACAAAAAAAUGUCAAAAUUAUAGUUUUAAUGAAAAACAAGAUCCAUCUAAUAAAUUCAUUUUUAUUGACACUCCUGGUUUAAACGAUACUGAAGGCGCUGAACAAGAUGAUAAAAAUAUUAAAGAAGUACUUGAUUUAAUAUUUCAAUUUGAUUCUUUAUCAGCCAUAAUAAUCAUUGCUAAUGGAACUGAAUCAAGAGUCACUUCCGCGUUAAGAAAUAUUUUUAGUCGAUUAGCCAACAGUCUUCCUGAUGAUUUAAUUAACGAAAAUCUGUUAUUAGUUUUAACUAAAUGUACAAGAGGUAGUUGUUGCUUUUCAUUAGAAAAAUUCGAAGAAAUAAUAGCUAGACCAAAGCAUGUUUUUUAUAUGGAUAAUCAAGCAUUUUGUACUGACCCUCAAAAGUGGGAAGACUUGGAAGAGCGUGAAAUGAUUCAGCUCAAAUGGGAUAUAUCAAAUAGAACGAUAGAAAAAAUUUUAAAUUCUAUCAAAAGUAUGACUACAACUUCAAUUAAUUCUUUUAGUUACAUGAAGACACUUAGAGAUAACAUUAAAAAGGAGAUCUUGAAAAUCACCCAAAAUAUGGAUAUGAUUAAAAAGAUUAACGUUAAAUCAGUUACAAUUCAAAAUUCUCUGAAUGCAAUUGAAAUUAGGAAAACUGUCUUUUCAACUUCAAUCGGUGAUUAUACUACUUCUAAUUAUACUACUUCGAUUCCCUUUGAUCAACUUAAAGGAAAGGAUAAAAAAGCACAAAACAAAAUAGCUGAUCGUCAAUAUAAAAAUCUCACCUCUGAAAUUGAAAAUUAUAAAUUAGCAAUAGAGAAACUUGAUUCUGAAAUUCGUUCGAAAUACAAAAAUAUUAAUAGAUUACAUGGCGAUCUUCAUAGUAUUUGUUCUCGAUACAGUUUAAUCGAUGAACUUCAAGCUACUAUUGAAAAUUUAGAGCAAUCUGCCAAAAAUAUGACAAAUAUAAAUGAAAGGCAGAAAGCCGAAGAAAAUAUUGAAAUUUUCAAAAAAGUUCACGAAGAACUAUCUAAUUCGAAUAAUAUAAAUUAA